AUGGGUUUGAGUGGAAAGAAUCAGAGCGAAGCAAAUGCAAAAUAUUCAACUAAAGAUGGUGAUUUAAGUUCAUUUCAUCAACUUUCGCUUGAUGAUGAAGGUGAGGAAUUCCAUAAUUCCACUCAUUUCUCAACAACGGAAGAGAGAUUCAUUAAAGAUCAUGAUUUGAAAGUAAAAGCAUUUGAAGCUUUGCAUAAUGGUAAUGGUAACGGGAAUGGACAAGCAACUAAUAGUGCACCACAUUCAAAUACUAUUAAGAGAAGACAGUCCUUUAUUGAUUUACCUCUUAACCAUUCAGCUAGCAAAUACCCUUAUCAUCCAUUAGGGUCCAACUCCCAGAAUACUGAUUUAAAAUCAAAUACUUUACCAGAGGAACAUCCAUCAGAAGAGUUAAUUGAAGUAUAUCAAGACGUCAAAACAUGUCUUGAUCUCAGACACAAAUAUCUCAAAAUCUCAAUUCAAGAUGAUGAGAUGAAAAACCCGAAAAACAAUGAUAGUUGGACUAUUUAUCCCCCUGCUCCAAAGCCUACUUAUAAGUCCAGAAACAAGUACAAUCAAAUCCCUCAUGGAGGAAACGAAGAAGAAGAAUUUGACUUCAAUAAAUGUAUUAUCCCAGAAGGAAGCAACGAGUUUUAUUUCAAGCAAGACGAAGAAGGUGUAUUUCAAGUAUACAAGAGUGACUGCGAUGAGAAGAUUGUUGAAAUUCCUACAUUGCAAAACUAUUACUCUGAUUUGAAUGAAAUCACAAAGAUUUCUUCAGAUGGGCCAGCAAAAUCCUUUGCUUUCAAAAGGUUGCAGUACUUGGAAGCUAAGUGGAAUAUGUAUUACCUUCUUAAUGAUUUUGAAGAAAACAAGCGUUCCAAACGUAACCCACACCGUGAUUUCUAUAAUGUUCGUAAAGUUGAUACUCACAUUCAUCAUUCCGCAUGUAUGAAUCAAAAGCACUUGUUAAGAUUUAUCAAGUACAAAUUGAAGACUCAGCCAAAUGAACAAGUCAUUUUUAGAGAUGGUAGAAUUUUGACUUUGGCCCAAGUAUUCGAAUCUUUAAAACUAAGUGCCUAUGAUUUAUCUAUCGAUACUUUAGAUAUGCAUGCUCAUACUGAUACAUUCCAUAGAUUCGAUAAGUUCAACUUAAAGUAUAAUCCUAUAGGGGAAUCGAGAUUAAGAGAAAUUUUUUUGAAAACUGACAACUUCAUCAAUGGUAAGUAUUUAGCUGAGUUGACAAAACAGGUAAUGGAUGAUUUAGAAAGUUCGAAGUACCAAAUGAACGAAUUGAGAAUUUCAAUUUAUGGAAGAUCUAUCCAUGAAUGGGAUAAGUUGGCAAGCUGGAUUGUUGAUAACAAAUUAUUUAGUCAUAACGUCCGUUGGUUGAUUCAAGUCCCAAGAUUGUAUGAUUUAUAUAAGAAAAAUGGAAAUGUUACUACGUUCCACGAUAUUCUAGUUAAUUUAUUUAAACCACUAUUUGAGGUAUCCAUAGAUCCUAAGAGUCAUCCAAAAUUGCAUAUUUUCUUACAAAGAGUCGUUGGUUUUGAUUCGGUUGAUGAUGAAUCUAAGCUGGAGAAAUCAAUUCAAUCCAGAAACUACCCUGUCGCAAACAAAUGGGAUUUACCAUUUAAUCCACCAUACUCUUACUACUUAUAUUAUCUUUAUGCCAAUAUUACCUCGUUAAAUCAAUUGAGAUUAAAGAAUGGACACAAUACUUUCUUAUUGAGACCACAUUGUGGUGAAGCAGGAGAUCCUGAGCAUUUAAUCAGUGCAUUUUUAACAUCACAUUCAAUCUCCCAUGGUAUCUUGUUGAGAAAAAUUCCAUUCAUCCAGUACUUAUAUUAUUUAGACCAAAUUGGUUUAGCUAUGUCGCCAUUAUCAAACAAUGCCCUAUUCUUAACCUAUGAUAAGAAUCCAUUCUACAGCUUUUUCCAGAAGGGUAUGAAUGUUUCUUUAUCGACUGAUGACCCAUUACAAUUUUCAUACACCAAAGAACCAUUGAUAGAAGAAUACUCUGUUGCAGCCCAAAUAUACAAACUAUCAGGGGUGGACAUGUGUGAAUUAGCAUGUAACUCAGUUAAGCAAUCAGGAUGGGAAAUUGCAAUCAAGAAGCAUUGGCUUGGGAAAAAGUUUAUUGUAGGAGGUAUUGAUGGUAAUGAUAUUGAAAAAACAAAUGUGCCAGAUAUUAGAGUUGGCUAUAGGGAAGAAACAUUGAAGAGUGAGUUGGAUUUAAUAGAUUACUAUACUAGACUUAACAAAACUUGA